UUAUUGGGUUUUUUUUUUCUCCAGUAUCCGAACUCACGGUCGUGCAUUUGUUUCCGGACGGGUGUUUUUGUGUUAGAUCCCAAUUAAUUUUGAUUUGAUGAUUUUUUUUCUGUUGCGUUUGCAUCAAUUGCUCGUCCAGAUUCGGGACUGACUAAUCUGAAAAGUGUGGGCUGUUUCCUUUUUAAAUUUGUUAUUCUUUUGGUGGGAGAUUCUUAUUUUCAAUUCAUACGCGCAAUUUUCUCUCUUAUUCCUGAGCCUACUUGGUUGACGUUUGGAACGAAUCUGCAUCGUCAUCAUGUCAUCAGAACAUUGCAUUUUGUUCCUAUAUUCACUAUAUUUUGGUUGCCGGUUUUGUGUCUCCUCUUAGAAACAAAAAGAAGUCAGAAAAUCUAGAAGCUAAUGGGACCAAUGGAUUAUGAGAGUAACAGUUGGAUAUGGGAUGGUGUAUAUUACUACCCACAUCUGUUUGGUGGUUUAAUGCUCACGGCGGCCUUGCUUGGAUUUUCUACCAGUUAUUUUAGUGGGAUUGGAGUUCCGUCUUUGCCAUUCUUCUGGUCUGAUUUUGGGAUCUUCCAGAAAAGAAAGAGUGAAAAGAAACGUAUUCGGGUCUACAUGGAUGGGUGUUUUGAUCUCAUGCAUUUUGGUCAUGCCAAUGCGUUGAGGCAAGCUAAGGCUUUGGGAGAUGAGUUGGUGGUGGGUGUUGUAAGUGAUGAAGAAAUCAUAGCGAAUAAGGGUCCACCGGUGUUACCAAUGGAAGAAAGGCUGGCUCUUGUUAGUGGUUUGAAGUGGGUGGAUGAAGUUAUUGCCAAUGCCCCCUAUGCAAUUACUGAGCAAUUCAUGAACAGACUCUUUAAUGAGCAUAAGAUUGACUAUAUUAUUCACGGCGAUGAUCCAUGCCUACUUCCAGAUGGAACUGAUGCUUAUGCCUUAGCUAAGAAAGCUGGACGGUACAAGCAAAUCAAGCGUACUGAAGGAGUCUCCAGCACCGACAUCGUAGGAAGAAUACUCUCUUCCAUUAACGAUGCUGAUUAUAAUGAAACAUCACUAAAUGGAGAUCAUAAGAAGGGAACUUCAUCGCAUGGUGCCCUCUCGCACUUUCUACCAACAUCACACCGAAUUGUUCAGUUUUCAAAUGGAAGGGGGCCUGGACCAAAUGCUCGUAUUGUGUACAUUGAUGGGGCUUUUGAUCUUUUUCAUGCAGGACAUAUUGAGAUUCUCAAAAGUGCUAGGCAGCUUGGAGAUUUUUUGCUAGUCGGGAUACAUACUGAUCAGACUGUGAGUAAACACAGGGGGAAGCAAUUUCCAAUUAUGCAUUUACAUGAACGUAGCCUCAGUGUGCUGGGUUGUCGGCACGUUGAUGAGGUGAUCAUUGGUGCACCCUGGGAAAUUACAAAAGACAUGAUUACUACUUUCAAUAUAUCUUUAGUUGUGCAUGGGACUGUUGCUGAAAACAACUCUUUUGCUGGUGACGGUGAUCCAUAUGCUGUUCCAAAGAGUAUGGGAAUUUUCAGGUUGCUCGAAAGCCCCAAAAACAUUACCACUACUUCAAUAGCCAAAAGGAUAGUUGCUAAUCACGAUGCUUUUAAGAAACGUAAUGCAAAAAAGGUGGAAAGCGAGAAGAAAUACUACGCCGAGAAGAAAUACAUAUGUGGAGAGUAAAUGCUUUGCUUCUGCUUUACAAUUUACUGUUCAGCGUCAGGAACUUGGUUGUGUAACUCUUGUUUCUGAAGAUCUUCAGUACAGAUUUUUUCCCAUGAAGAUAGAUUUAGAAUAUGAAAGGAGUUACAUCCUUUUCGAAGAAAUGCCUUCAGCAGAAUUUGACAUGGAAAUUAACUUUGUAAUUUCAUUGUAGGCUAUAACCUGCAGCAGCUAGAAUAGAUAAAACUGUGAACUACACAAUGAUUUGCAAUUUAUGCAUGUAAACAUCCAAAUCGUAUAGGUAUCAGUCGUUUUUUUCUUUCACUUUUUUCCUUUUGCCUUCUUAUCCAGGUAAUGUAGGUGUUGCUGUAUUGUAUUGUAUUGUUUUGGAAGCAGUAAAAGCUAUAUUUAUUAUUUGAUUUCUCUGGAA